AUGCAACUGAAAUCAACACCUAUAUUUUUGACACGCAUAUUGAUGACCAUACAAGUACUUGCUGAUCAUCAUCCAUUCAUCUGUGAAAAACGUCAAUCUUCUCUUUCAACUUCAGCACCAAAGUAUGCUCAAACUGUUAUUGGUCAUGGUCCACGUGGUCCUCUAUCAGCUUCCUGGGAAAUCGGUAUUAAAAUCACACUAAAUGAUGUUUCACAAUGUCCAGUUGAUCUUCCAUUGAAUGAAUCAAAAGUGAAAUGUAACACUGGUAAAAUGCUUACGUCGUGGAAUACAAUCGUUAUAACAGAACCGUUGAGAUAUGAAAGAGAUUCAACAAAUAGAUUUUUUCGCACAAAACGUCUACGUGAUGUCAUUAACGGAGAAAACCUAGAAGCUGUUGGUCCAUGGAUAGAAGCUGGCUGUUCUCUUUUACCAACAAGAUGGACGAAUUAUUCUUCUACACCACCAGCCUAUACACUUGUAACAAUGAUUUGUCAUGAUUGUAUACCAACAAGACAUGGAGAAUAUCAAGAAUUGUUUGCUUGUGAAUGUUAG